AUGGAUAACGAUAUUUCUAGUAGCUUAGCUGCUGGCGAAAACGACACUUCUUCGAUACCCAAAGUUGCACUCGCACCCUUCGAUGAUUCAUCAGCGGAUGUAAUCCUACGUUCAAGCGAUGGCGUCGACUUCCACGUCUACAAAAUCAUCUUAUCCCUCUCCUCAUCCGUCUUUCAGUCUAUGUUCACCCUCCCUCAGCCAUCGUCUCCCUCUACGCCUGUGUCGAUGGUCCCCGUCGUCGAAAUGGCAGAACACUCGUCGGUUCUCACACCGCUUCUUCGUGCCUGUUAUCCAGCGCGUUACGCCGAUGCUCAAGCAGAGAGCGACGCUCAGACUGCAGAUGCAGUUCCCCGUUCACCUCACCCGACUGGUAUAUUGGGCCACGAUCUCAUUCGGCAGGUUCUCGAAGCAGCUCGGAAAUUCGACAUCGCGUCCUUCGACGCUCCUGCCACCAAUCUCCUCCUCGACCUCGUACCGAAGGAACCUAUAGCUGUCUACGCCACAGCGGUUCGGUUCUCCCUGAAGGUCGUAGCCGCUGCUGCCGCUAAACAAACUCUCAAGUUCAAACAUAUGGAGUUUCCGACUUCCGACUCCAUGAACUACAUGACUGCAGUCCAGCUUUACGACCUCCUUCGUUAUCAUCGUAAUUGUGGCCAAGCAGCACAUGACGCCAUCGAGCACGAUUUCUACUAUGACUGGCUGGGAGACUUGCCUGACGAAGAUGAGCUGGAUUAUUGUAUUAUGCGGGACCAGCGAUGCGAUUGCUAUCAGCCGCGUGCAAAAUAUGAGGAGGACGCGGAUUGGUACGCUUUACCCUCUGUGUGGGAGUUCCUGACGCGUGCGGCAGAGGCGGUGAAAAAUCACCCAGAUCCUCUUGUUAUUAUCUCUCCUGUGGAGGUUGUGGAUCAUCCAAGAGCUGAGCCGAGAAUUUCUGAGAGUUGCCAAUACUGUGUGGCCACUAAGCCUAUGUACACGGUGGAGAGAUUAUAUACGGUGUUGAUGAAGCUGGUGGAGGAGGCUAUCGACCAGGUACCACUUCCUAAGAUCUCUUGAUUGUCGUCCGGCUACGUCGUUCCGUCCUCGAUGACCAGUAUUUUCAUAUGUACCUGGACAUUUCGUACUUCUUGUACAGUUUCUUGGAGAUAUUUUGGGCUUCCUGUGUUUGAGAUCCAACUCGAAGUGAGAGAUCUCGAUAUGUGGAAAAAUGACCAUAGGCAGAAGCAACUCUGGAAAUGUACUGGCCAGCCUGUACGUAGGUGCCUAUAGCUGCAAUGCUCGUAGGAGAAGAUAUGUAGGAUUUUGUCGACCGUUCGUCAUGGCUAGCAAUCAACAGCUCCUCGA